AUGUCCUCGCCAACAGCGACGCCGUAUGCCGGGUCGACAGGCGCGUCUAGCGAGAGUUUGGAGGUAUGUCGAUGUUACCCUGCACCGGAGAUGGUGCAGCUGCCCGUCAAAGCUCCUGCCAUCACGACCGCCGCCACCAGUGCUGCAGGCGUGUCGUCGUCGCCGUUGUCCUCGACGGGUGCAUGCAGCGACACUGAAGCUACGGCGGCUGCGCCUGAAUUGACCACUUGCGCCUUCCUCCGGCUGCGCUGGGGUGUGCAGCCGACGGAGCUCCGCAGACUGUAUGAGAUGCACAAGGACGCGUACCCUAUCAGCUACACCGCCUCCUACUACGAGUGGCUGCUGGACCACGAUGCUUGUAUGGGCCUGGUGGCACUGGUGACCCAGGCGACGUACCAGGAGUGGGUACAGCACUGGAGGGAGACGAAGGGCAAUACGCCGAAGACGGUGCCCACGCAGACGGCAAGUGCUGCGUCGUCAUCGUCGUCACCUUCGUCCGCUUCCACAGCAACGCCGGUUCCGCCACCGGUCUCUCAGUGCAGCAUGACUGCUGAGGCUCUGCAGGAAUGCGCGCAGGUGGAGCGCAUCAUCGUGGAGCAGGAGCGUGUUGCUGCUCGCAAGGAGGCCGAUGAUGCUCACAGGGACACCAAAUCGUUGCGCAACAGCGACGGCAGCGACUCGGCGGCACACACCGUUGUGGUAGGCUUUAUCAUUGGCCAGAUCGCCUACGCACGCCACGACGCAGGCCACCUUCUUUCAAACCCCACUGCCUACAUCGGCUCUUUCGCGGUUGACCCACCCUUUCAGACCUGCGGGGUGGGGCACGCGCUGCUACAGCGCUUCAUCACGUACGUGACGCAGCAGCGCCCCAUGUACGCGCAGGACUACUUGCACUAUGACAAGCGGAAGCUGAUUGCGCUGCUGGCGGACGCACAGGUAAAGAAGCGCAAAGCAGGGGCGAGGGCGCUACUCGCCGGAACCUCCGCGUCCGCCGCGGGUGGCACAUGCGAGGAUGGCGGCGAUGACAGUCCGCACAAGAGGGAUGCUCCAUCAGACGGGGCUCUGCCGCCGUCGAUCUCUGCUGCGCCGUCCCAGUCAUCGAGCCCCGCUCAAGCCCAUCCCUCCAUCUUCCAGAAUCUCCUCACGUACCUGCCAGAGCUGCAGAGCUGGGUUGAGGAUCGGCAGGCACGCCUCCGACUGCGGAAUUGUGGCCUGACCGAAGAAGAGAUUGACGAGCAGCGCGCCCGUGAUCGACUGGCACCAGAUGUGCUCACAGACGAAGAGGCGGACGAGGUGCGCCGUGAGGCACGUCGCUUUGUCGUCCAAACUGGUGUGCGGGACGUCUGGCUGCACUGUCUGCCUGGUAACCUCAACGCUACCAAUUUCUACGCCCACCGUGGCUUUGUGCUGCACCGCGUGCUGAAGGCGUACUACGACAUUGACGGCACUCCAUACGAUGCCCUCCUCCUGCACUACGUCAGCGGAAGUGAUGGGCCCGCUGCCUUGCCAGGUGCGUCAGCAGAGUUCUCCUCCACAGUGGCGGCCGACACGCCGAGUGAGAUGAAGCGUGUGGUAAACCGGCUGGAAAACCAUGCUGCGCCGGAGGAGGAUGCGGCCAGCCCAGAUGGCGCCGCGCCUGCGCCGUCUUUGCCCCCGCCACCGUCCUCAUUGACGGGUCUGCGCCGCCGCCGUGGUGCAUCGCCGGCAAGGGAGGACAGCGGCCUGACAACAGCCGCUGCUGCGUUGACUGAGACGGACAGGGCCGCCGUUCCAACCCCCACCCCCGCUACUGCGGCAGACGCACCGGCGGAGAAGGCCACACCGGCGAAACAGAUCUCUCCGCAGACGGCCUCGUGGCUGUCUCCUCACACGUGCCCCAUGGUGGCCGAUAUCAUCCUGUGCACGGCGGAAAUGGGUCAGGAGGAGUGGCGACGGCGAACAGAUCCAAAAGGCUCUGGCGAUGAGGCACAUCAGCGGCUAGGGUGGUGGGAGAUGGUGCGCGAGGCUGUCUUCGUUACCAACGCCUUUGGACUGCUGUGUGCGGUGCUGUGGGUCGCCUACAACGUGGUGGUGGAGGGAAAGGUGCUGUAG